CUCGCCACCUCAUUCACUCACUCGRUAUCGAUAAAAGCAAACAGACCGCAGAAUUGAAAACCAUGUUUAUUAAAUUCCUUCUUAUAACCGCAUAUUUAAAACUUUGUUUUGGGGUGGAAUUCCAAAUCCUCAAUAGAGAGAGUGGCGACAUUUGGGUAGGAAUUCAAGGGAAUCCCGGCCASYCUCACCUCAGCGAAGGAGGUUUCGUUCUUCAGCCGGGCAAACGAGUUUCGGUUCACGCGGCGGCCAACUGGGCCGGUCGUUUCUGGGCAAGAACUUGGUGUAAUCCCAAUUCGAAUCACUGCGAUACAGGAGACUGCGGAAAUAAAUUAAAGUGUAACGGCGCAGGGGGUGUCCCUCCCGCUUCCCUGGCGGAAAUAACCCUUAAAGGCUGGGGAGGACUGGACUAUUACGAUGUCUCGUUAGUUGAUGGUUUUAAUAUCAUGGUGGCUAUCGAGCCGUUGGGAGGACAAGGAGAUGGUGGUCGAUACAGUUGCAAGAAAGCUGCUUGUCAAGUCAGACUGAAUGAUGCUUGUCCCGAAAAACUAAAAGUCCGAAAUGGAAACGGUGUUAUUGCUUGUAACUCAGCUUGUAAUGCMUUUAACACCGAUCAGUAUUGUUGUCGGGGAGCUUUUGGGACACCGCAAACGUGCAAAUCUUCAAGCUGGCCUGAAAAUUACCCGAAAUUUUUCAAAGAUAGGUGCCCAGAUGCGUAUAGUUAUGCUUAUGAUGAUCAUAAAAGUACUUUCACCUGCAAGGCUCCGGCUUAUUUAAUCACUUUCGGGGGUUAAAGAUUAAAAUUAACAUCAGAUAAAUGUUUCAGGAAUAUUGUGUUAAGACUGUAUGGUAUAAAAUUGAAAAAAUACAAUGAUUUAUUUUAUAAAUGUG